AUGGCCUCUUCGUCCUCGUCUCAGGCAAUCAAAGGCGGCUACUGGCCUUCAUGGGCCAAGAAUUUGCCUCCAUCUUCCAUUGAGACGUCGUUUUUCACCCACAUAUACUAUGCAUUUCUUAUUCCUAACAAUGUCACAUUUAAGUUUGACAUAGAGUACACAACAGCAGUGGCGCUAGUGAAUUUCACGUCCACUCUUCGUGCGAAGAAGCCCCUGGUGAAGAUACUCUUCUCCAUUGGUGGGGCAGCCGAAGGUCCCUUUUUUUUUGGACGAAUGGCCUCGAGUCCUUCAAUGCGCAAGAAUUUCAUCGGCUCAAGCAUAGAAGUGGCAAGAAAAUUUGGUUUCGAUGGGAUUGAUCUCGACUGGGAAUAUCCUCAAACACCGAAGGACAUGGAAAACUUGGCCUAUUUGCUUGACGAAUGGCGCCUCGAGGUCCAGCUGGAAGCCAAAACCACCAAACGGCCACCGCUCCUCCUCACUGCCGCCGUCUACUUCUCUGCCAACCUCUUCCUCUCCGGACCCUACAGAUCAUACCCUGCAACCUCCAUCACCAAAAACUUAGACUGGAUCAACGUAAUGAAUUAUGACUACCAUGGCUCAUGGGAACCUUCCAUCACAGGCGCUCACUCAGCACUAUUCGACUCCAAAACCAACAUAAGCACAAGUUACGGCCUGGGUUCAUGGAUCAAAUCAGGCGUCCCAAAGAGCAAACUGAUCAUGGGAUUGCCCUUAUACGGAAAAACAUGGUUGCUUAAGGACUCGAAAUCACACGGUGUAGGAUCACCCGCCAUUGAUGUGGGACCUGGCGAUCAAGGAGUCUUGACAUUCGCUGAAAUAGAACAGUUUAACAGGGAUCAUAAGGCCAAAGUGGAGUAUGAUUUAGAGAGUGUUUCCAUGUAUUCUGUGGCUGGGACUACCUGGAUUGGAUACGAUGAUACUCUAUCAGUGACGAUGAAGAUAGCUUAUGCUCGGGCUCUUGGGAUUCGUGGGUACUUCUUUUGGGCUGUUGACGGUGAUUACAAGUGGAAGAUUUCGAAACGAGCUUCUCAACUAUGGUGUGUUUGA